AAUAUUGAUAAAAAAUUUAUUCUACAUUUGACAAGAUCAAAAUUAUUUUAAAAUGGAUCAUAAUCAAAUAGCUAAUCACAAAUAUAACAGUAAUAAUAAUGAUACAUUACAAUUAACUAUUAAAGAUUAUUCAUAUCGUUUAAGAAUUGGUAUCAAAGAAGAUUGGAAAAUUAAAUUAUUUCGUGAAUAUUAUCCACGUCGUUUUCAAGAAUUAUGCAUGGUACAUUUAUCAUUUUUAAUUGAUAUACCAUGGAAUUUUAUUGAUCAAAAAUUAAUUACCCAUAGUAACAAUAAUAAUAAUAAUAAUAAUAAUAAUGGUGAUAAUACUAUUCAUCCUUUUAAUUCUAUAACAACUAAUGUAUGUAAAGAUACUAAAUCAACUAUGAUGAAUUCUGUAAAUAUUGGUGGAACUACAAAAUCAAGACUUAAACGAUUAUGGAAUAAUUGGCGUAUCAAUUCACAUCCAGUAAAAUCGGAUUAUAUUCCUGAUGAACUAGCGAAUAACAUUAUCACCUUGAUUGAUUGUUUGGAUAAUGAUGAAGCUUGUUCCGUUGAAGGAUUAUUUCGUAAACCUGGACAUACCUUACGUAAACGUCAAAUACAAGAGGCUGUAUUCCAAACAACUUUCGAUCCAAACGCUUUCCAACUGAAUAAAUAUAAUUUUCAUGAUUUUGCAAGUGCAUUAAAAUCAGUAUUGGUGCGUUUACCAACACCAUUAUUUACGGAACAUUUAUUACCAUUAUUCUUACAAGUAGCUGCUUUAAGAAAAUUUGAUCAAUUUCAUUUAAAGAAUAAUAAUGAUAAAUCUCUCAUUACCCAGGAUACAAAUUCAACAUCCUCCUCCUCCUCCUCCUCCAUAAAUAAUGAUUAUUUAAUUCAUUUAAUUGAAAGUAAACAAAUUAAAGCAAUCCGUUUAUUAAUUCAAUUAUUACCUAAUACAAAUAUGAAAAUAUUAAAAUGUUUAUUACAUUUAUUAAUUCGUGUUAAAAAUUUAAAUUCUAUUAAUCGUAUGACAAGUUCAUGUUUAGGUACAAUAUUUGGACCAGUAUUAUUAUCAAAUGAUUUAUUAUAUGAAACAAUUAAAAGUUUAAAAAACCAUAAACAACCACCAAUUGAAUGUCAAGAAAAAUGUCUUCAACUAAAUUCUAUCACAAGUUUAUUAAUUGAAAUUGGUUUAGAUAUAUUUUUAUUACCUUAUUCAUUGGUACAAGAUAUUUGUACUAAUAGUCCUUACAUGACAAUAUUUAAAACAGACUGUCAACCAUUACAUAAUACGAUGAAACAACAAUCGAUGCAAAUAAAGAAUAACCGAUUGACAUUAUUAUUAUCCCCACAGUUACGUCAUUUGAAUCAAGUUCAAACAAAUAAAGAAGAUACUAAACAAUUAGACGAUUCACCACCAUUACGUACAGCUAUUAGAUUUGCUACACCGACACCGACAAGUCUAGCUAAUUUUCAAAUGUUAGAUUCAUCACCUACACAAUUCGAUAAUAUUAUGGAGAUUUCACGAACACUUAAAAGUAAACAACAAUUGAAAUUAGAGAAUUGUAUAGAACAAACACCAGUAUUGAAAUGGAGUCGAUCAGUAGGUGAAAUCUCCUCAGAUUAUACAAUACAAUAUUCUGCUGAGAAAUCUCAACAUGAUGAUGAAAAUUUGAAUGUUACUUCUGUACGAUCAUCAAAGUUAUUGAAAAUGUCGACGAAUAUGAAUUAUUUAUCACCUUCAAAAUACACUAAUUAUGCAAAUGAACAUUUAGAGGAUAUAUGUGUUGAUAAUGUAAGAAGAAAAUUUGUCAAAAAAAGACGAUUCACUGAGUUACGUUUACCUUCAACUAUAAAUCGAACAAGUGGUGGUAGAAAUUGUCAUCGUCGUUAUUUAUUCUCACCAUGUCCCCCUAUUCCUUUAUUACCAUUUAAACGUAUAGGUGGAGAUAAACGUAACUUGACUAUUUCUCCAUUAUCUACUAUUAAAGGAACUUUAACAAAUACAGUUAUACCAUCAUGGUAAUAUUGUAUAUGUGUUACAAUAUCACUUUUUUCUUUGUAUAUAACUAUCUAUCUCCAUCAAAUCAAUUUAGAAAAUAAGUUUGAACUAUUUCAACUGUGUUAGACAAACUUCAUUCAUCCUUCAUUCCAUUCCAUCCGAUCCGAUCCUAUCCCAUCCCAUCCCAUUUUGCCUUAUUUUCUAGUUAUUUUAUCCAAUGUAUUUGUACAGAUUUUUUUUUUGAUUAAUUAUCUUGAUUUAUUAUUUUGAACUUAUAUGUGUAUAAAUCCAAUGAUUGUUUUAAGUUGAAAAUUUAUGAUUGACCUAGACAGCUUAAAUGAAUACAACAUUAUGAAAUAUAUUCAUCAUUUGAA